CAGAUCUCGAGACCCUGCAGUGAGACCUGACAGCUGGGUCUCUACAGGUCGCCUAGCGCCAGUAUAUAACUGAAUACGGAACUCGGUAGAACGUCUCGUUGUCCCAGUGGCGUAUUAAGUCUAUCCAUGAUGAAGUUGUACGCCGUAAUUGCCGCCGCACUAAUUGGAGUCUGUGUUGCCGACAUCGUGUACGAGGCCUGUGUUGGACCCAAUGGUACCAAGUACAACGACGGUGAUAUUUGGACGACCAGUGACCCUUGUGCCAGAUAUAUGUGUCACGUUGACCCACUUACACAAGAGUUCGUGGAGGUCACAAAGUGCCCCAAGAUUAACGUGACGUCCCCUUGUGGCCUGAUGUCGUACCCCUACAAACAGUACCCGGACUGUUGCCCCUUCAUGCAGUGCAACCCCGUCGGAAGCUACGUGUGGAACGCCCACGGUCACGGCAAGUAGCGUAGUCGUCAUCUCUGUACAUCUGACCAUCGCUUCAGUAAUAAAAUGAAGAGAUCCUGGACAGACAAAA